AUGAGACGCGGCGGCGCGCGCUCACGUGUGCGCGUGGGACCGGGCGUGGGCGUGGGCGUGGGCCGGGUCGUCGGCGUGGGCGUGGGCGUGGGCGCGGCGCCGGCGUCAGUUGAGCGGCAGGCAGAACAUGUGCUGCAGCAGCGUGGGCUUGCGCGCCGGCAGCUCCGAGCACACGGAGUCGUAGUCCGAGGACGACGACUCCGCGCCGUAGCCGUAGGCCUGCAUGUAUCGAACGGUGUAGCGCUCGUAGCUUCUCGUAGAUUUGCG